AUAAAGCUUUCACCUUAUCAAAUGCUCCGCUGCUUUGAUAGAUAUAAAACAAACUCGCCAACGAUUCAAUAAACACUUUAAGGCUGUAAUACUACUCCUUAUAAUAACACGGUGCUGCGGUGGAUUUUGCCAGACAGAGAUUGAUUACACCAUCAAAUAGUGCCUUCCUCGGUCAUAGACCUAACGUGCACAGGUCUGCUCUGCGACUACAAACACCCUCCACUAUCUCUACCACACAAACAUGUUUCAUUCAUUAAAAAACACAUGGGUUGUUGAAGUUACCUCCAAUAGGUCCCAGAAAAUGCGCAAAACAGUGCAUUCUUUAAUCCGAUUUAUGUGCACUGGUAUCCCAGGAUAAGUGGCGCAUUGAUCCACUGUACAGUUUUUGUGGGGGUAAAUAUAAUCACGUGGUCACGAGGCAGCCAAUGGCAGGCAAGGGAGCGUUGAGAAAUAAUUACCUGCCUUGAUUGUUCUAUGGCCAGAUAAAAAAGUACACAUACACUCCAUAUAAUAAUCGGAUGCAUGUAAAAGAGUCAGGGAAGCUUCGACAUGUCGACCACGGGUCCCAUAAGUAAUUACUAUGUGGACUCCUUGAUCAACCAUGAAAACGAGGAUGUCCUUGCUGCUGCUCGCUUCUCGGCGCCCGGUUCGCACCCAGCCGCUCCUCGUCCGACGUCCCUAGUACCGGAGUGUUCAGACUAUCCUUCCUGCAGCUUCGCACCCAAGACGCCGGUCUUCUCCACCUCCUGGGCCCCCGUACACUCCCAGUCAUCAGUGGUUUAUCAUCCAUACAGUCACCAACCGCACAUAGGCACAGACUCGCGGUACGUGCGGUCAUGGCUGGAGCCGAUUUCGGGCGCCGUGACUUUCCAUGGCUACCCGGGGAACAACAGGCACUACGGGCUGAAGCCCGACGCCUUUCAGGAGCACAGAGCCGGAGAGUGCCUCGGCUCCAGCGGACGGAACUACACGGAUUAUCUGUACUGCUCAUCCACUGACAUGAGAGACAAGACGCAUCAAAAUGUUUCCUCUCCGGAGUCGGAGCUCCUUGUUUCAGGGAAACAUAAAGAAGAGAAGCCGGAGCUAGAUCCGAAUAACCCUGUGGCAAAUUGGAUACACGCCCGCUCCACAAGGAAGAAGCGAUGUCCUUACACAAAGUACCAGACUCUGGAACUGGAAAAAGAGUUUUUGUUCAAUAUGUACCUUACAAGAGACCGUCGGUACGAGGUGGCGAGGGUGCUGAAUCUGACCGAGAGGCAGGUCAAAAUCUGGUUCCAGAACCGGCGAAUGAAGAUGAAGAAAAUGAACAAAGAAAAGAGCGACAGUAAAGAACAAUAAUGGAGGCUGCAGUCAGAAAACCGCCACAAUAACCACUCUAAUCAAUAUGGACAGCACAGAUGUACCAAAACACACGAUGAUUCCCCUCUCUGCAUAUUUAUCCCUGUUGGAUUUUGUAUUAACCUUAAUUACGAGACUGUUCGAUGCUGAUAAUGUUCUUUUUUCCCAGUGCACAAAUAUGUGUCCAGCGUCAGAGAAAAGAAAAAGAGAGAAAUAAAAAAAGAAAUGAGAUAAUUCUAUUCC